AUACUAUCACAAACUAAGUAUAAAAUUCCCGAAGAUGAACAGGCAGGAAGAAUCACGAAAGAAGACGGAGGUGUGUGUGACCGGAGCUUCUGGUUACAUUGCUUCAUGGCUGGUUAAACUCUUGCUCCACCGUGGCUAUACUGUCAAUGCCACCGUUCGUGACCUCAAUGAUCCAAAGAAAACUGAGCAUUUGCUUGCACUUGAUGGAGCCAAGGAAAGGCUUCAUUUAUUUCAAGCAGACUUAUUGAAAGAUGGUUCGUUUGAUGAUGCCGUUAAAGACUGUGAUGGUGUUUUUCAUACUGCAUCUCCCUUCUUCAUUCAUACUGAUAACCCGCAGGAAGAGCUGAUUGAUCCUGCAGUGAAGGGAACUCUGAAUGUUUUGAGUUCAUGUUCUAAGGUUACCUCAAUCAAAAGGGUGAUUUUAACUUCAUCUGUGGCGGCAGUUAUGUACAAUGGCUCACCAUUGACACCAGAAGUGGUGGUUGAUGAGAGCUGGUUUUCUGAUCCGGUGUAUUGCAAGGAAAACAAGCUGUGGUAUCCACUUUCUAAAACUUUGGCUGAAGAAGCUGCAUGGAAAUUUGUCAAAGAGAAAGCCAUAGACAUGGUCACCAUCAACCCUGCAAUGGUCAUUGGCCCUCUCUUGCAGCCGACCCUAAACACAAGCGCACGGGCUUUAUUCAACUUGAUUAACGCAUCAACAUACCAAAAUAUCACUGUUGGGUGCGUUCAUGUCAAAGAUGUGGUGGAUGCACAUAUUAUGGCAUUUGAAACGCCUUCUGCAAGCGGAAGAUACUGCAUGUCCGAGACCGUUGUCCAUUUUUCUGAACUAGUCCAGAUUCUGAACAAGCUUUAUCCUUCAUUCAAGCUUCCAGACAAGUGUGCAGAUGACACUCCAGUCAUAAAGUAUCAGUUUUCUAAAGAGCGAGCAAAAGAGUUGGGGAUUAACUAUACACCUCUUGAAGAUGGCAUCAAAGAAACCAUUGAGAGCUUAACUGAGAAGAACUUUCUGUAAGCCGCAGAAAAAUUACAAGCUAAUACUUGCAUCAGUUGUGCUCUUUACGAUGUAUGUCUAAGUUGACAAUAAAAGGAUGUAUGCUUUUGUCCCUUUAUUAGAUAGCUAUGCUUUUGUAAAGUCCGAUCCAUAACCAUAAGUGGGAAAUUGUUAGGCGUAAAGUUGAUAAAACUUAAAAGUAUAAUAUAAUUGAUGCUCCUUACGAGGACUCAAUGUAGUUACAGACUUGCAGCUAUGCGCAUUCAUUUCAAAAAUGAACCAUAUUUUCCCCUUUGGUGAAUGAGCUCAAU